UGUUGUGGUUUUUGAAGUCACUGCACAUAUUUCGGCAUCUUCGGCUUUUUUGGGAUAUUUUUGUUACGAAAUGAGUCGAUUGGAACCCAGAAAGCAUAGUCCAGCUAAAGUUUUUGCUGAGUUUACUUCAAUGAGCGAAAAUGAGGGUGUAAAUCCGGAAAAAAUGGACUCGAAACUCGAAGGAGCGUUUGACAAUAGACGAGAAAUUCAGAUAUUCGAGACUGGAGAAGUUACUCUUCCUCCUGAUAAAGCUAAGGUUUCGAUUGUCUGUUCCAAUACCAAGGAAUCUGUGGAGGUGGUGAAGACAAGUGUAAAUCGCAGAGUCGACUACGUUCUGCAGACUCUGAAAUCUCACCAUGUCAAAGACUUUAUCGUUCACAAAAUUUUAAACAGAAUCAAUAACCUAUAUCAAAUGGAAAUUGAAGUAGUUGUAGAAUUCAGUGAUUUCUCCAAGUGUGAAGAAGUGUGUAACCUGCUUGUGGAAAAGCUCGAUGAAACAGUGAAAGUAUCAAGUCCUGUGCUAUAUCACACAGCUAGCAAGCUUGAAUCAUUAAGACGGCAAGCCUGUGUUUGUGCAGUCAGAAAUGCAAAGAGCAAAGCUCUAGAAGUUGUUCAAAUGUUCAACCAAUCACUUGGACCACCAAUCCUGAUACGAGAGGAGCAUUAUGAAGAAUUUGUAGGAAACAGUAGAGAGAUGUCACUUGAAAACAAGGAUAUGGAACAACUGACUUUUCAAGAAAAGGUUGCUGUAGCAACAGUUACAGUCACUGUCAAGAUCUUUGCAAUAUUUGAGAUAAGAGAAAAAAUGAAAGCACGCAAGCAGAAGUGAAACAUUGAAUGCCAGACAGAACACUGAAGGAUGGUAGUAUUUAUAUAUUAUCAAGACUGUAUUUUCAGCAUCCUACUAAUUUAAACUUUUUAGAAAUGAAGUACAUCUAAUUUUUUA